GCAGGUCACGUGUUUCACUCUGGACUUUGGACCAGCGCGAGACUCGGACCUGAUCCAGACCCGAGGACGUGAUGUGCGCGCGGAACCCCGGGACCGGACUCGACCUGGAGUGGGUGUCCAGGGCCCGGGUCAAUACUCAGGCCGUCCUGAGGAGGGCGCAACAGAUACAGAGCACGAGGCUGCCCCGGGGGCAAUGGCAGGCGGCCUGGCUCCUUAAGUCUCUCUCCUGCAUUGAUCUGACGACUCUGUCUGGAGACGACACCUCCUCAAACGUCCACCGUCUGUGUCUGAAAUCUCUGCAGCCGCUGAGAGCCGACCUCCUGCAGGAGCUGCACAUGGAGCACACAGGUCUGACCGUCGCUGCUGUUUGUGUUUAUCCUUCGAGAGUUUGUGACGCCGUGAAAACUCUGAGAGCGGCGAACUCUGACCUCCCCGUGGCCUCAGUGGCCACAGGGUUCCCGGCGGGGCAGACUCCUCUCUCCACGCGGCUGGAGGAGGUGCGGGCGGCGGUGGCGGACGGCGCCUCAGAGAUCGACAUCGUCAUCAACAGAACGCUGGCUCUGAACGGAGACUGGGAGGCGCUGUUCCAGGAGGUGCUGCAGUUCCGUCAGGCCUGUGGAGACGCUCACAUGAAGUCCAUCCUCGCCGUCGGAGAACUCGGAAACUUCACCACCGUCUACAGAGCGAGCCUCGUGUGCAUGAUGGCAGGUUCUGAUUUCAUAAAAACGUCGACGGGGAAAGAGUCUGUGAACGCCACGAUCCCCGUCGCCGUCGUGAUGUCACGAGCGAUAAGAGACUAUUACAUCACCACAGGACACAAGGUGGGAUUCAAACCAGCAGGGGGCAUCAGGACUGCACAGGAGGCCCUGGUCUGGCUGGUGCUCGUCAAAGAGGAGCUGGGCUGUGAUUGGCUGAAUCCAGAACUCUUCAGGAUCGGAGCCAGCAGCCUAUUGGCCGACAUCGAGAGACAGAUCUACCAUCACGUGACCGGACAGUACGCCGCCUUCUACGAGCUGCCCCUGGCCUGAGCCGCCGCCGGGCCGAGCCG